GCGUUCCUGGUAGACGCUGCCCCUCACCACCAGCCAUGACGGUGACCCGCGGGGUUCGGGACAUCGACUGGGCGCGGUUCGGUCUUCAUGACGGCUCUGAGGGAACCGCGGGAGGCCCCGACUCGGGCUCCCACCCGGACGUCCCGGGGCUGGCGGUCUCGGCCACAGCCGCCGGUCCCGACGGAGCCGAGCUCUUCCACGAGGACCUCAGCGCCAAGAGCAAGCCCUGGUGGUCGACCAACUUCUUCGUGUCCGAACCAGUGCUGUUCGGCACCUGGGACGGCGUGUUCACCACCUGCAUGAUCCACCUGUUUGGUGUCAUCGUCUUCCUCAGGUCCGGAUGGAUUGUGGGCAACGCCGGCGUGGAGCAGGCGGUGCUCAUGGUGCUGGUCACGGUGUCCGUUUGCAGCCUGGCCGUGCUGGCGGGCAUCGGCGUCUGCGAACGCUGCCACCUGGACAGCGGCGGCAUCCACGUGCUCCUCUCCCACAUCCUCGGGGCGCGCGUGGGCGGGGCCGCCUCGCUCAUCUACUGCUUCGGACAGGCGGUCAGCAGCGCUCUUCACGUGAUGGGCUUUGCCGAGUCCAUGGGGCAGCUGCUCAAGUUCCACGAAGACCCCUGGAUGCAGAGGGGCAUCGCCACGGCACUGGUCGUCCUUCUGCUCGGCAUCAACGUGGCCGGAGUCAAGUGGGUGGUUCGGCUGCAGUUCGCGCUGCUGAUCAUCUUGCUCAUGGCAGCGCUAGACUUCGCCGUAGGAACCUUCAUCCGCUACGAUGCAGAGCACGGGGUGACCGGCUACUCCGCGUCCACGUUUCGGAACAACAGCGCUCCGCGCUACGAAGACCACCAGAACUGGUUCACCGUUUUCGGCGUCUUCUUUCCGGCCAUGACGGGCGUGUUCGCGGGCAUCAACAUGAGCGACGACCUGAGGAACCCCGUCCAGGACGUGCCCGUGGGCACCAUGGCUGCCGUCGGCACUUGUCUGUUCCUGUACCUCGUCUUCGUACUUGGUCUGGCCAGCACCUGCCAACGCUGGGCGCUCACCACCGACUACCUCAUCGCUGAGAAGGCUUCCGCCAUCGGAGUGAUGGUGCUGUCGGGGCUGUACAUCUCCUCCAUGUCGGCCUGCUUGGGGGCGCUGUACCUGACGCCUCGUAUCGUGCAGAGCAUGGCCAACGACGGCAUUCUGCCUUUCAGCAGGCAGCUGAGCCUCGGAAAAGGCCCCAACCGCGUGCCGGUGGUCGCCCUGGUGCUGUUCGCCCUGGUCACCUUCCUGUUCAUCCUGGUGGGUCAGGUGAACACGCUGGCGCCCAUCGUGACCAUCCCGUUCCUGCUGACAUACGCGUGCGUAGAGUACGCCUACUUCUCUAUGGCCAUGACGUACGACAUGCAGCGGAGGCGGAACGAGCGCUUCAGGCAGCAGGCCUGCCUCAUCCGGGCACAAGCGGCCGACACGCACAAAUCUCCGACGGCGUCAAGCUACGGCGCCCUCGCAGACGCAAAGGGACCGGCGGGUGACCUGGACCAGUUGUUUCCAGAGCGCGUGCACGACCAGACUGGGGUGUCUGCCCGGGACCACAGCACCGUGAGCAGCACGGAGUCGCCCGUCACCUCUCCGGACGAGCACAGCUCGAUUCGAAGUGCCGAGAGCAGGGAAUCAAACCCUUCCAAGGGCACAGACUCGGGUGCCACCGACCGAAGCUACCUCCUCGGAAAAGGCCGUGGUCCCUGGCCAGAGAUCUCAAAAAAGUCCGACGCCUGGUACUCCAAGUUGUGCAACCGUUGGAUUGCACUAUUAGGGAUCUUUGCAAAGCUAACCAUCAUGUUCCUUGUGCAAUGGGGCUAUGCACUGGCUGCCAUUUUCAUGCUGGCCUUCCUGUGGUUCUGCAUUGGACGAACCAAGCCAGGUUCAUUCCCAGGUGUGACCGAAUUCAAGCUCCUACCCUGGCUACGAAGCUUACUGCUCCGAUGCAUAGGCAAGAAGCCGGCAGACUAUGAACAAAUGGUGGUGGCACCCAUGCACCCCGGCGUCGAGACGCAGGCGGCUCAGCUCAAUGAAGAAAACCUCGACUAUGCGUCCAGGCAGCGCUACCACCAGUCCACCACGUUGGGUGCAUCCUCCCACUUCCAGCAGUACCUGGAUGACAGUGAAUGAAGAAGCCCUAGUCUCUAGUCUAGCCUCUGCAAAGGCUGGCAGAAAGCUAGACCAGAAGAUGCCAGCACUGCUACUUAAGCACUGCUCGAAAUCCAGACAACUCAAGGUUUGCAAAGGACCAAGACGGGAUCUGACAGAGGAGGACGUCAGCUUUCGGGCCGUCUCCUGCCGGGUAUACGAACGCUCCCCUUUGAAAUCAGCCCAUGCCUCAAAUGCCAUUUUUGACCCCCCUCUGCCUCAAGACGUCCCAUAUUUUCUUAAAUGUUUCAAACGUUCAGAGACCAGCAUUUUUACGUCUGUACCUGUAAAAAACAUUAUGUGGCACCACCCGUGGCGUUUUUCAGGAGUAUAGUAACGCUGUUUGUAAAGUGGUAGCACCCUGUCGGCGUGCCGCUGCUGUUUCGCCAUUCCACGGGACAAUCGAAGAUCCAUACCCACUCCGAAGCGUGUGUGCCAUCAAAAGUAAUGCUCCCAAUAUUGUAAUCGUCGCAGUGCAAGCGCGAGGUACUCGAGGAACAGCCCCCCCAACAACGAGCACCACGAUCAAGCGCUGUGUUCAGGCCUGUGCCAAUCGAAGGUCGUGUCGAAGUAUGAUCUCAAACAAAACUGAACAUUGUUAUUGCUUUUCCUGUACAAAAAGCCCACAAGCUUGCCAGGUGUCAAAGUGUCUGUGGACGAAGCUUGACUUAAUUUGCGUCGUCGUAAACCUGUCCAGACACACAAACUUGUUCCAGUCUUUGCUUUGUGCGAGCCUGGCUCUCUACUGGAGGACAGAUUGUUUCAGUGUAAUAAAAUUGUUUGUGUUGACA